UGUAGCUGAACCCACAUAGAAGUCGAGCCGGUGGCGGCUAGCAGGCAGCUCAGAGCGGGACCCUUGAAAACAAAAACAAUUCUGUGGCUUCUCUUUUUGAGUCCGGGGUGUCACUGCAAUUCAGCAUGAAGUUCAUGUCCUCUUUGUUUAACGCUGGUUGCCAGUGUUUAGUUGUUUAGCCAGAGAGGUACCGAGGAGUCAGAAUCAGGAUUCAAAACGAUACAAAAUGCCUCCGAAGAAGCAGCAUCUCAAGCCGACUGCAGCCAACGUCUCCAGCUCUUUGGACCUAGAGUCUGAGGACAUCAGCUUGGAGACUACCGUGCCCACCACCGAGGAUGUCUCCUCGUCCGACGAGCAGCGGAACGGCUCCCAGAAGGUGACCCGCCAGCUGAUCGAGAGGAAGGAGCUGCUGCACAACAUCCAGCUGCUUAAAAUCGAGCUAUCUCAGAAGAAUCUCAUCAUAGACAACAUGAAGGCCGAUCAUAUGUCAAAGAUUGAGGAGUUGGAGGAGAGGCUGAAUGACGCCCUGCAUCAGAAACAAGUGUUGGUCCUAAGACUGGAUAACCAGCUGAAACUUACUCAGGAGGAGAACAGGAAGCAGCAGGCUCUGCGUAAGCAGGAGAUGGAGGCCAUCCUGCUCAGGCAGCAGCAGCUGGAGGAGACUAACCGACAGCUGUGUGAGAAGGCUGGAGAACUGAGGAGAUCUCUCAGGGAUCUGGACCUCUCCCAGGACAGAUACCAGGAGCUUCGUGGUCUUCCUGAGGACAAAAUAUCUAUACAGGAAUAUGUAGCUAUGCGUUUCUAUGAGGUAGUGACUCCUCUGCGGGCCCAGCUGGUUGAGCUUAGUCUGAAGGACAGCAGUGUAACAGAAGAGCUGGGUAUGCACAGAACCAAGAUGAAGACACUGAUUGAGAGCUACGAGGAAGAGCGGCGGUUGCGUACAGAGCUGGAGAUGAGGAGUCAGAGAUUGACCUUAGAACUGGCUGACACCAAACAGCAGAUCCAAGAUGGUGACUACCGCAGAGAAAACUACCCAAACAUCAAACGAGAGCGCGACAACUUUGAAGCAGAGCUGAAGGAGUUAAAGAGGAGAUAUGAGGCCGUAGACUUGUCUCACGCUGCAGUGACCAGAGAAAGGGACACACUCAGCAAAGAGGUGGCAACAUUGCAACAAUCAGUGACACUCCUGCAGAAGGACAAGGAGUACCUGCACAGGCAGAAUGUGGAACUCAGUGUUCGCUGUGCACAUGAAGAAGACCGCCUGGAGAGAUUGCAGGUACAAUUAGAAGACACUAAAAAAGCCAGGGAAGACGCCUAUGAAAAAUAUGUAGCAUCCAGAGACCACUACAAGUCAGAAUAUGAGAGCAAAUUAAGAGAGGAGUUGGAGAACAUCAGGCUGAAAACAAGUCAGGAGAUAGACAACCUGCAGAGAACCUCCAGGGAGAUGUAUGAGAGGGAAAACAGGAACUUGCGCGAGGCCAGAGACGGCGCGGUGCUGGAGAGAGACCGAGCAGUGGCUGCUGAGAGAGAUGCCCAGUCCAGAUAUGACCAACUGCUGGAGCAGUUCCGUCAGCUGCAGCUGGGUACAGACAGCCGGGUGGCAGAACUAUCCAACCAGGCCAAGCUGCACUCUUUUGAAGCUGAGCGUGCUAAUAUGGUCAAGGAUGAGACGGCUAAAGCCCUAGCUCAGUGUCAGCUGGAGUGUGAGAAACAGCAGAAGAAACUAGAGCUCCUCACUCAGGAGUUUUACAGGCUACAAACUUCCUCAGAGAGACGGGUAGCAGAGCUGCAGACUCAGAACGCUGAGCAGGCGUCUCGCCUGGAAACGUAUGAAAAGCUCGAGCAAGAGCUGGACCAGGUCACCAUGCAAGCCGCCGAAAUUGAGAAUGAAGAAGAGGCAGAGAGGGUUUUGUUCUCAUAUGGCUAUGGGGCAAAUGUUCCUACAACGGCCAAAAGAAGACUAAAACAGAGCGUUCACUUGGCCCGCAGGGUGCUGCAGCUCGAGAGGCAGAAUACAUCACUGAGGAGAGAGUUGGAAAGUCACAAGUCGCAGACGGGGCAGAUAUCUGAACAGUUGUUGGCCGCCAACCAGCUGUUACAGCAGACGCAGCAACCUUAUAGUUACUUGAUUGAGACGGUGAGACAAAGGGAUGCACAGAUCAGCAUACUGAAGGAGCGUGUCACCUCACUUGAGGGCAAUGUCAGUUCUCUGAGGAAAGAGCGGACCGCUCUGGAACAGGUGAAAAAUAACAUGGCCGCUGAUCUGGAGCGACUUCUCAACCAUCAAGAGGAGUUAGCCAUGAUGAAGCAGGUCCUGAUCAGCAUGCGGUCCAGACAGGCAGACGCUCUAAACCUGUUGGAAACAGAUAAAACUGGUAUCAGGACUUCUGGAUUGGGGAAAAAACAGCAGUCCAAACGUAUCAACAGGACAGCAGAAGAAGAAUCACCAAACAAACCCAAACCCACUGUGUUUACAAAUAAAGAAGUUCCCGAUUGGUACCAAAAGCAGAAGUGGAAAUCCAAGUGACCGUUUGUGUCAUGACUGGAGCUCAGGACCUUUGUUUUUAAAUUUUAGGUUUUGUCUAGACCUUUGUAAGUUACAGUUCAUUUCAUUGCUUGAUUGCUUUUCAAAUACAAAGGCACAAACAG